AUGCAGGAAAUCGUCAAAUAUUACCUUCCUGAAACUGAGCUUACGCCGGAGAACCUGCGUUCGAUCGCCUCAAAUUGCAAAAAGGCCACUCAUGAUCUCCCCGUGUCACCUAUCUCGAUCUCACCCGCUGUACCUCCUAGCGCGGGUACCAGUCGAAUUCCAGACGACUGUCUCGAGUAUUUUGAGAUUAGCUCCUUACAUGUGCCUAAUAUGAUUGCCAGUACUGAUACAGAGAGGGCUAUACUACAGGAUAUCUCGCACUUGCAUCAGAAAUUAGGCUGUCUCCUUACCGAUUCCCAAGGCCAGUGUCGGUACAUGGGUUCUGAGUCUGGUGUCUCAUUCAACGCUGCAAUAAAAUGCUUCAAGAAUGACGGCCUCAAUACGCCUCCAAUUCCAGAUCUAAUUCCCGGAAUGGUAACUGUGAGAAUGCCACUCGCAAAUCAGAAACCUGGACAAAGAGAUAUCCCCCUACCUAUUCAAUCAGCAUGUCAACGUCUUAUAAUGCGGUACUUUGAAGAGGUCCACUGUCUUUAUUGGCUUUACUCUUCAGAGAGGUUUUACAACCAGCUAGAGGAGACAUACCGCACUCCACAGAAAAACCAAACCGCAUCAUGGAAAUGUUCUCUCUACUCUAUUCUCUCAAUUGCAACACUGGGAUCAUCGUAUCCUGAGAAUCUUCACGAGGUUGUUGCUCCAGCCGAGUAUCUAGAAUACGCAAAGUCUUUUCUUGCGGGUGUUUGUGAUGAAGCGAGUCUGGACAGUGUUCGUGCUAUGGUCCUAUUGGCAACCGCGAUGCAAUCACAAGGCUUUUCAAAUACCGCGUACCUUUACACCAGCCUAGCUGUUCAGAUAGCGACUUCUCUAGGCUUGCACUGCGACAAGUACACCACUUCGCAUGGUCGAGUCGAAAAGGAACACGCGCGUCGCAUCUGGUGGUCUCUCGUUGUAUUCGAGCAAGAUAUAUCACUGCGCCUGGGAAAGCCAUGUGCAACAGAAGAUUCCUUCUAUCCGCCCCUCCCCUCUGAAGCGAUUCUGCCAUCCGGCCCAUACAGUCCACCAGACUAUUUACAAAGCUGCAGCAAACUCAGCCAGAUAGCUAAAACAGCCCGAAAACACAUAUACAAAAACCCACUUAUGCUCGGCCUUAAACUAGAAAUAAAUACAGUUCAAGAUAUAAUGGCUUCUUUGACAGAAUGGGAGAAUACCCUCACACCACACUUGCGUCUCUCUGUCAUGGCUGCUCCUCUGUACCGCAGACCAAUUUCCAUCCUACAUUUGAGAUACCAUAGUACCCGCAUCUUAGUCGGGCGCCCAUUCCUCCUCUAUCAACUCGUCUGCCGGAAGAAGCAGAAAGAGCUACCGGAACUAAACAGUCUCGAGUUCUUUACUAUAGCCUGUGUUGUAUCUGCAGAGCAAAUGCUAGAUAUUCUACAGGGCAUGGUUAGCGAGGAUCUACAUUCCAAGCUCAUCGCGCUGGACUUCUUCUAUGCGUUGGAUAUUCUUCAGGUUUUCUUGGCGCUGUUUGCUUUAACGAAGGCUGAAAAAGAAUUCAAUAAUGUUUGUAAGUGUCUACAGGUUUUGCAGGCAAUGGGGACGACAGGAUUUGGUGAGAUGAUGAUUUCGGAGGUGUUAUUUGAGCUUAUGGAAUGGGGGUUGUUUCCUGAUCAUUCGGAUCCUCGGCAUUCUUUACAGGAUUUGAAUGCUUCGUUGUCUGGGCUUGAUGCUAUGAGUGAGUUUUAUGAUCGUGUCUUUGGUAGCGAUAUCCUUCUCAACCAGACGUCUGGCACGAUAUUUUCUCAACUUGAUAUUCCGUCAGACUUGCCGAGUGAAGAAGAAAUGGGCGAUAUUCUAUACGCUUCUGUAUAG